AUGAAGCCUACCACCUCGAUUCUCGCGUUGCUGUUGCCGGCCAUUAGCGCGCGCUUCGUCCAGGAGACGGACGGAGACCACGUGCAGCUGCACCCUGAGGUUGCCGAGGCCGAGAAGUUCCACAUCGAGCUUGCGCCUGGCGAGACGCGAUGGGUUACCGAGGAGGAGAAGUGGGAGCUUCGUCGGAACGGACAGCGUUUCUUUGACAUAACCUCUACCCCCGAGCUCGGCAAGACCCUGCGUUCUCAGUCUCGCCCCGCCGCCGUCUUUCCAUCCAAACUAUCGCAGCAGGAUGCCGUGAAGCCGCUCCUCAAGAAGCUCGCCAAGGAGCCCAUGCAGAAGCACCUCGAGAAAUUCACCAGCUUCCACACGCGCUACUACAAGUCGGAAUACGGUCGUCAGUCAUCGCAGUGGCUGCUCUCCGAGGUCAACAAGACCAUCGCCGAUGCUGAUGCACACAAGCACGGCGUACAUGUUCAGCAUUUUGAGCACAGCUGGGGCCAAAACUCGGUCAUCGCCACUAUCCCUGGCAAGAGCAAGUCGACGAUCGUUGUCGGAGCUCACCAGGACAGCAUCAACCUGUUCUUGCCAUCGAUCCUCGCUGCCCCUGGCGCAGACGAUGAUGGAUCCGGCAUAGUCACGACGCUCGAGGCGCUUCGUGUCCUCCUGACCAGCGACGAGCUCGCCGGGGGCAAGCUGGAGAACACAGUCGAGUUCCAUUGGUACAGCGCUGAGGAAGGCGGUCUGCUGGGCAGCCAGGCCAUUUUCUCAACGUACGAGAAGCAGAAGCGUGACAUCAAGGCGAUGCUCCAGCAGGACAUGACUGGAUUCAUCCAGCGGACCAUUGAUGCCGGCAAGCCCGAGAGCGUAGGGGUUAUUGUCGACUACGUCGACCCGGCCCUGACUGAAUUCAUCAAGACCGUCAUUGACGAGUACUGCGACAUCCCCUAUGUCGAGACUGAGUGCGGAUACGCCUGCUCCGACCACGCAUCCGCCAGCAAGGCUGGAUACCCAUCGGCCUUUGUCAUUGAAUCUUCGUUUGACCUGUCUGACAACCACAUUCACACCACUGACGACAAGAUCAAGUUCCUGUCCUUUGACCACAUGCUCCAGCACGCCAAGAUGACGACUGCCUUUGUGUACGAGCUUGCCUCGACCGACUUUAAGAAGUUGGAGAACGAGAGCCAAGGUAUGAGUGAGUUGUAA